CAUCAAACGGAAGGUAGCCGUUUUACUUCGGAGCAGAAUAUUCAAAGUGAACUUACCAGAACAAAUCGUGAGGAAGACUGAGUCCCCGAUGUGUUGCUUCAGAAUCGUAACGAGAACAGUUUUUAUGGCAGCCCUGCUCCAAGCUCAAACCAGCUGCUGCUCUGGAUGCAAAGAUGACGAAGUCACCUGGCGAAGCAAUAAUGGAACACAGAAUGACACGUGCUUGGCUUGUAUCGACUGUCCAGAUGGAAUGGAACCCUCGAUUCCUUGCGGAACGGUCGCCAAAUAUGGAACACAUUUACACUGUGUGGCAUGUAGAGAGGGAACCUUUUCCGAUACGUACGGCAAAAGACAGUGCAAGCCGUGUUCCGUAUGCUCAGUUGGGCGAACAGUCGCACGAAACUGCUCUGUCACCAAGAACACGCAAUGUGGCUCUUGUAGCCAUGGGUAUUACGAGAGUAAGAUCGUUUUUGAUUGUCUGCCGUGUUCUGUCUGUUGUUGGGACGAAAAAGAUCAACUCGAGAGUCAAUGCAAAGCCCAGGGUCUACCAAGUCAUCGCCACUGCAAACCCAGGCACGAGCGUGGCUGCCAAGCGCCUCGGACAAGCGGGGUAAAAGUGACAUCUGGCGCGGCAACUGGGCGACCAAAUCAAGGAGCUACGAAGAAAAACAGCAGCAACACCACCACGACAACGACGACAACAACAACAACAACAACAAAAACAACAAAAACGACAACAGCAACCGAAGAAAAAGUAGCAUCACUUUCACCCACAACAGUCACAACAGACGAGCGUUUCAUUAGCAGUAAGACCAGAGAUCAAAACACGAGUUCCAGCACUCUCUCCACUUCUUCAACUGAGCUGCCAAAAAGAACUGCUUCAGCUACAGGCACUGUUGGCAAAAGCAAUCUAGCUUUUAAAAAGAGCAAAGGUUCUUUGUCAGACAGUAGCGGCGCAAACAAGAAUCGAGUCAUUAAGGCUGUGACUGUGAGCAUCGCCAUUUUAAUAAUGAUUGUAUUCGUCGCCAAGAGGAAGAAAAUUGCGGCCUACUUCAAGUGGGCG